AUGGCAUCCAAUCCACCUGCUGCCUGCUGUGCCGUCGGCGUAAAGCACCAAGGCGAGACCAAGGGCCAAAUCCAGCAAAUCAGCAACGUGGAGGUCUACAUCCCACACCCCGAGCGCGCUACCAAGCGUGCUAUCGUGCUACUAACUGAUGUAUUCGGUCAUCGGUUUGUUAAUACUCAGCUGAUUGUGGACCAGCUCGCCGCGAACGGUUUCUUGGUCGCCAUCCACACCUAG